AUGCCUGCGAAGCGCAAACAUCGUUCGUCGCCGGCUCCUAAGGGACUAGCUGCAGGGGAACCACUUAAACGAGGCAAAUUGCCUGGCAGCGAUCCAUGGGGUUGGGUUGGUACGGAGGUCACCCAUCCCUCUCAGGUCACCUUGGAACAUCGUCUUAUGUCGUGUGGUCUCUCUCGGAGGAGUAACAACCCGUUUUGUGCCAACAAGUACGCACACAAGUCAGAGAAGCAGAACAGCCCUACUCCCAAGCGUGAACCCGCAGAUGGCGAGCCGGGAAACGACAUCAUUGUUGUCUCGGAUGAUACACCACCACCAUGCAGUAAGAAGUUGUGCAAGAACAACCCUAAUUGUUUGAAUUACCUCGGACAAGAGACAUGGAAAGACGAAGACAAAGUCAGGGAUCUAUUCCUGAAGGCAUCUGACCUAGGGUUCAACCCAGUGCUCAACGCCCGAGAUCCCGAACUUCCUGUUGGCUUAAAGGUAUGGUUUAGAGACCUAGCUUUUCGCAAUGGUGUCUAUAUGUGUCAGCCAUCACAAGAUAAGGAAGAUGUAUUUGAGGAUUCGCCUAUAUUUCAGUUACAAGUGACGUUUACUGCAUUGCAGGAAUGCACCCAAAACGUCUUCAAUCCCGAAAAACUUGCUGAAAGCUUAAAGCUUUCAACCUCAGAACAGCAAGAUGCACAAGAGUUCUCAAAGCUUUUUAUGUCUCACCUCGAUGCUGAAUUCCAGAAACAGUCAUCACCAUCUUUAAGAUCACUUGUAUCUAAUCAGUUUCAAGGGGAGCAAGUAUACGGCACAAUCUGCGGUAAUUGCCACAAUAAAUCUGAGCGAUCUACGGACUUCCUUGAACUUGAAAUAAAUAUCGAGAACAACGCUCGGCUGGAGGACCGUAUCGCUGCUCUUCUACAGGACGAGAAACUCACUGGUGACAACAAGUACCUGUGUUCGAAAUGCGAGUCGCUCCAGGAUGCCACACGGUAUACUGAGUUGCGAAACCUUCCUCCUGUACUUCAUUUCUCCCUCUUACGAUUUGUUUACGACUUUGCCUCUAUGGAGCGCAAGAAGUCUAAGCACAAUCUUCUGUUCCCAACGACACUUGACAUGGACCAAUUUGUAGGUUCUGCUGCCGCCCGAAAAGCAGCGAGUAGCGACAAGAGUGCCAGAAAGGACAUCUAUGAGCUCAGAGGUGUUCUAUUACACAAGGGACCGAGUGCAUAUCACGGCCACUAUGAGGCUCAAGUCCUGGAUACCGCAUCGAAUACAUGGUUUCAGUUUGACGACGAAAAUGUCACAAAGAUUGAUUCACUCGGAGAAAGGAGAUACACUGGUCGCGAUAUAAUUGACGUUCUGAAUGGGAACCCCAAGAAGGGAAGUACUGGAAAUUCUCGUGGACGUCCCGCAAAGAAAAGGCGGCGGAUCGAUGAUAGCGACGAUGACGUUGUCGAGGAUAUCUUUUUAUCGAAAGACGUCUACAUGCUUAUUUAUGUUCGCAAGGAUGUCCCAUCCCCAGACAACGCCAACUGGCCAAUGACUAUUGCUAGCCAAGGAUCCGAGCAUGGAGCCAUGACGAUUGAUGGUGGAAGUUUUUUCCCUCCCCCACGCGCUCAGGAGGUUGUAAAUAGUCUGAAUGCAGCCCAUGACAUGGCCUGUGACGCAUAUGCAAAGAGGGAAAAAGAAGCAAAGGAACAUUUUGAUGAGUUGCUCAGGAAGAUGAAAGCCAUCUAUUCCUCUUGGAGCGUCAAUUCUAUGGAUGAGGACUCCGUCAUCAUAAGCCGUCAUGCUCUCGAACGAUGGUUGUCUAAACCUCUUGCAAAGCCAAAAACCAAACCUAGGAGCGGAGAGGAACCAGAGACCACACCCGAGAUUUCGUCAAGUUCAGACAUCCUUUGCUACCACGACUUUAUGGAUCCUCAAAGAGCCAACAAUAUGAAGCGUGUCUCCGCUAGCGCGUAUAAGAAGCUCGCUGAGUUUAGCGAGUCUGAAAUUUCUCCGGUAUGCCAGGUGCAUGACGUUUGUGAGACAUGUGUCAGGGAAUCAUUCAUAGAAAAACUAUAUCAAGUCGAACAUCCUCGACUGGUAGCACAGUUCGAUGCGGUCUGUGAUGAAACCCCUGAUCAACCGGGUUACUGGAUAUCCAAGAAUUGGCUCAAAGACUGGCGAUUGCAGAAGCCCAAAAUGCACACACCGCUGCAAGGAGAUGCAUCACCCGAUGCCCCAGAGUAUCUCGCUCACGUUGUGUGUGAACAUGGUCAACUGUCGCUGGUGUCAACAGCACGAAAGAGCAUAUCCACUCAGGCUGGUGACAUAAUUAAAGGCUUGUUCCCUCAAUGGGUACCACGCUCAACUCAGGAAGAGCUCUGCGCUGUUUGUGAGGCAACCAUAAAUAUGUCCAGGGAAGACAAGCGUGAGCUACGGAGGAAAGCUGAAGACGAGAAGGCACGGCUACGUCACAUGCAUGACAACGCCCUAACAGGAAACACUCUGCUCCUCGAGAAUGUCCCGUGUGCUAUCCUGCCUGCACACUUCGUGCGUUUGUGGAGAAAGUGGGUCACUCGGCCAACAGAUGGACCUCGUCCCGAAGGUGUCAAUAAUUCACAAUUCCUGUGUGAGCAUGGGCACCUUCUUUUCGAUCCUAAUUGUCCAAACGAUUGGGACACGUCUAUUGCGGUUGUACAAAUGACAGAGUGGAUGCUGUUAGCAGAUUUGUAUCCAUGCAGCUCCCCCAUCACACUGGAGAAGAAACUUGUCGAAAACCCACCGAACGUAUUUGACACCAAGUUCGAGCACGAUGUUCCCGUGUGUCGUGACUGUCGUUCAAAGAGGCGGUCUAACUAUGAUGUUGCUGAGAUCACUGUUCGGCUGUUGAGUGGGAAAAACGCAUCCAAGGAUGUUGUGACGCAAGAGAACAAAAACCAUAAAUCCGAGGAGAAUGGUCAGCAUCCUCAAAUGACAUAUGGAUCUAAUAGGACCUUCGGUACGCGGCAGUCAAAGCGCAUACGUGAAUCCAAGGAUGGUGUAGAAAAGAAACGGAUCACUGUCUCCAAGUCGACCACGGUGAAGGACAUCAAAGUGAUGCUAUAUGAAGCGCUCAAGAUCCCAACAAUCUGUCAACGAUUGUCUUACUGUGGCCAGGAACUGGAUGAUAAUUCGGUCACUGUCGCAACUCUUGGGCUUCUCAUAAACGAUGUCCUUGAUCUUCGGGAAGAGGCAGAAGAUGACGAGAAUGCAAUAACAGAUGACGUUAAUCGUGCGAAGAAAAGGCGCAAGGAAGAGCGAGGUUUUGGUGGUACCCUCUUGGCUUCGUCACAUCCAAAUAUCGUUGCAGACGUUACUGUAAGCUCUGAAGGGGAGCCGCAGUCUGACCAUGAGUACCCCCAGAUCUGA